AUGGCGAGCUCCACAGACCGACCCGACACCCGGGAUACGACCCAGUCCACGGCGCAGCAAUAUGUGCUGGGAAUCCCCCGACCUCCUUCUGUGGGAGGUAUUUCAUCUCGAGUGACGGACAUCGCCUCGGAAGAUGGAGAACACUCGCCAUCUUUCGCCUCACGUCCUCCCUCACUCCAGCCGCGCCCUUCGGUCUCCAGACGUGGUCCACCUCCUACCCGCAACUCCAUGGCUGCGUCCAGCCAAGUGACCAGCAGACCUGGUAGCUCCGGGAGCCGAUUGAGCCGGACGCAUAUUCCGUCCCUGACUGCCCAGGCAUUCUUUCGGCCGAUGAGCUCCCAGCGACUACAGGCACAUCGCGGAGGGCGACCCAUGACCAAAGGAACGGUCUCGUCCACUGACGACUGGAAUAAUGAUCAAAACAGCCAGAACCGCAGGAGCAUAAUAUCUAACAGUACGCUACAACAAGGAUCGCUUCCCCAGGUGGAUAUGGAAGCUCCACCAUCCCGAGGCACAGAAUUCACGGAUCCUAUAAUUCCCGACCGUAACACCUCAAAUGCCAGCCCAACGGGCAACACCACUGUCAGAAGCUUGGGAGAAAGUGUCAGACUACUCCGCGACCGGGAUCAAAAAGCCAAACCGCGUCCGGGUCAUCUGAACCUAGGUGCCAACUUCAAUGGACAUACUGCACAGGACAUGCCUCCAAAGUCACCUCUUUCGUUCCUUUCGCUGCAAAACAAGGGGGUCGGGCAUCACGGUCAGGAUAUUCGAGGCCAUGAGCGACUAUCCUCUGCUGGUUCAUCCCCAGGGCCCAUGGAUGUCAAGAAACCACAGCUGCCCAAACGUAGUCUGGGCAAGAAUUAUGAAUACUUCACCGGCAACAUUCUCUUCUGUGGCGGAGGGCGGUUCCUGAACUCCAGAGAUAAGCCCAUCAACAUUGCCACUGGGUUCAUAGUCGUGAUUCCAACGGCUCUCUUUUUUGCAUUCUCGGCUCCCUGGUUGUGGCACAAUAUCUCUCCGGCCAUUCCCAUCAUAUUCGCCUACAUCUUUUAUAUCUGCUUCUCAUCAUUUGUGCAUGCUUCGACCGUUGAUCCUGGUAUCAUGCCUCGAAAUAUGCAUCUGAUGCCCCCUAUUGAUCCUUCGGAUGAUCCAUUGUCACUUGGCCCACCCUCCAACGAUUGGGUUAUGGUCAAGCUCGCUACUUCCGACGUGGCGGCCAUGGAUGUCCCUGUGAAGUAUUGCAAGACCUGUUGUAUCUGGCGGCCUCCUCGCUGUUACCACUGCAGAGUUUGUGACAAUUGCGUGGAGACGCUUGAUCACCACUGUGUCUGGCUGAAUAACUGUGUUGGACGACGCAAUUACCGUUACUUCUUCACUUUUGUCAGCUCCUGCACAAUUCUUGCUCUGUUUUUGAUUGGUGCCAGUCUCGCUCAUAUUUUGGUUUAUAAGUCCCGUGAGAGUAUUUCCUUCGGGGAUGCUAUCUCAAGGUUGCGAGUGCCUUGGGCCAUGGUGAUCUAUGGCAUUGUUGCUUUUCCAUACCCAACAUCGCUGUGGGCAUACCAUUUAUUCCUUGUUGGUCGUGGUGAGACUACAAGAGAAUACCUCACCUCUCACAAAUUCGCCAAGUCUGAACGCCACAGGCCUUUUACUCAAGGUAAUGUGUUGAAGAACUGGAUUGCCGUUUUGGGCCGCCCUCGGCCACCCACCUACAUGCAAUUCAAGCAGUCCUAUGAAGAGGGAGACCAGCGCUUUGCUAUGCAAAAACGCAAGUACCUCGCCCAGGACCUUGAGUCUCAGGCGGGGAUUGAAAUGCAAAAUAUUGGUCCUCACCAAUAG